AUGCGUGUCACCACCAUCGCCACCCUCCUCGCAUUCAGUGCUGGUUCUGCUUUCGCCUGGGGAAACCUUGGCCACGAGACAAUCGGGUUCGUGGCGCAGAGCUUCCUCGCUCCAAACGCGCUCUCCUUUGUUCAGACCACGCUAGGCUCGGUGUGGAACUUCUCCCUUGGGCCGGCUGCCAUUUGGGCGGACGAAGUCAAGGGCGAAACCGCGUUCAAGUGGUCCGCGAACCUCCACUUCGUUGACGCCGAGGACAACCCGCCCACAUCAUGUUCUGUGAACGAGCAGCGCGACUGCGCAAACAAUCUGUGCAUCUUGGGUGCUAUUGCAAACUACACGACUCGCGUUGUGGACACGAAGCUGGACGAUGAGCAGAUCAUGGAGGCGCUCUUGUUCCUCGAUCACUUCCUUGGCGACAUCGGCCAACCCCUCCACGUCGAGGCUUUCGAAGUCGGUGGAAACGACAUCUCCGCCAAGUGCUCCGGCGAGUCCUCCAGCAACCUCCACGCCGUCUGGGACACCGGUAUGGUCACCAAGCACAUCGACCAGAGCCACGGCGGCACCCCACAGCAGUAUGCCACCGACCUCGUCGCCGAGAUCAAGACUGGCUCCUUCGAGUCGGAGACCGCCCAGUGGCUCGCGUGCACAAACCCGACCGAGACGCUCUCCUCGCGCGCGCUCGUCCACCCUGGCGCGCAGAUCGAGGCCGACGUGCGUGCGCUCGUGGCGCGCGCUGGGGACGCGGAAGACGCGACGAUCACCCCACUCGCGUGCCCGCUCGCGUGGGCGGCUGAGUCGAACGCGUUUGACUGCACCGUUGUAUUCAACUUCACCACCGGGGAGGACCUGUGCAGCGGCGCGUACUUCAACGCGGCGAUCCCCGUGAUCGACCUCCAGCUCGCGAAGCAAGGGUUCCGACUUGCCGCGUGGCUCAACGUUCUGUUCGACGGCUCCACCAUGCUUCCUUGA